GCUCAAAUCCCCCAUUAUAGUUUGAAAAAUUUCCUUCCAAAUGUUCACUUUUGGCUACCAAAUAAUGUCUGAUGAGUUCUGAUUCCUCAUCAGGCAAGAGAGAACGAUAGAGAAGAAAGUCUCUCUCUCUUAUAUAUAUAUAUAUAUGGUGUAAUAACAAAUAUUACAGAUCCCAGCCGGCAGACCGGUGAGCACAAACCAAGAGAUCAGCCAAAGUUCUUGCAUAUCUGGGAUCAUAUAAGCAAGAUAGAUAGAUGACGCCCAACUGGGAGCUCAAGAACUGCUGCAACCAUGACCAAGUGGCGUUUCUUAUCACUGUCUCUGUCUGCACUGUUGUUAUUCUCGCGUUGUGGAGAACGAUAUUGCUGAAACCAUUCAAGCUUGUCACUGUAUUUCUUCAUGAGGCGAGUCAUGCUGUGGCAUGUAAACUUACUUGUGGUCAUGUAGAAGGGAUCAAGGUUAACGCAGAUGAAGGCGGAACCACACAGACACGUGGUGGAAUUUACUGGUUAAUCUUGCCAGCUGGAUAUCUUGGUUCAUCCUUCUGGGGCAUGGUUUUGAUACUUGCAUCUACAAAUCUUCUUACUGCAAGAAUAGCUGCAGGAUGUUUUCUUGCAGCUCUACUUGUCGUACUCUUUGUAGCUAAAAACUGGACACUUCGAGGGCUCUGUAUUGGGUUUAUUAUUUUCAUUGGCGUAAUUUGGGUUCUGCAAGAAACAACAAAAGUUCGUGUACUACGGUACAUCAUUUUGUUCAUUGGUGUGAUGAACAGCUUGUUUUCAGUUUAUGAUAUAUAUGAUGAUCUAAUAUCUCGUAGAGUUCACUCUAGUGAUGCCGAAAAAUUUGCAGAAGUGUGUCCUUGCCCUUGCAAUGGUGUUGGAUGGGGCAUUAUUUGGGGUUUAAUAUCUUUUCUGUUUCUUUGUGGAGCCAUGUACCUUGGUCUUGUGAUAUUGUCUUGAGGAUAAAAGAUUCUGGUUCAUACCAAUCUCGUUUCUUGCUUGGAAUAGUUGUUUGGAAGAUGUUCUGAUCAAGUCGAUUUCUGUAGCUUCAUUCUUUUCACCCUUACAUAAUAUGAUUUAAUGUUAACCUAUGGAAAAGGUCAUGUUAAUGAUUCAUAGUUUCAUACCUUGGAUUAGCUUGAAGCUAAAUGCAGUACAUUCGUUUGUAUU